CCCCAGCAUUAUUGUCAUACACCAACUCUCCACGCCCACGGUCCCGAAUGUUGCUUCCCGUCGUGAAGUCGUGCAAUUCUACAUACUUUUGGAGCCUUUUCCCCUGAAGGCGUGGAAAUUUCAUUACACUGCUUAACAGCGGGUUAUUCACAGCCUGUAAUUACUCUGUGGUUAGAUAUUCUUAUUUUUGCUAGGUGCGAAUUAUCCAUCGAGUGCUCAGUUGUUGUCCUGGCAAAACCCUCUAUCCUGUUGGGCUUUAGACAUUCUCGAGCGGCUUUCUCAACAGAAAAUAUCGUGGAUACCAUGAUUCGGUUUUCCGGGCUUCGAAUAACCGUAAAAACACACCCUCAUAGGCAAUGGAUGACCAGACAUCAAAAAACAUAUCUACGAUGGCAGUCCACUACUAAAGCGCAAAAGGCUUCAAAGUCUGCGCCAGAGGCCUUUGCUAUUUGGGGGAUAGGCGCAGUUAUUGCAACUGGAGGGGGAGCCUACUGGCUGAGUCAGAAACCAGCUAACGUCAAAAUCCCUGACGUCCCAAUCGUCAAGGCCGUCACUUCGGAAGUGGAAAUUCCAGUCGUAUCUCCUGUGAAAGUGUUGGAUCUCAGAUCUGCAAACGCAAAGCUGCGAGAACAAGCUCAAUCAUUUAAGUUUGAUAGCGCAGAUGGGCAAAGGGGCCGUGUUGAUGUCGUCCGUGUCGCCAGCAACGACCCAGUGGAAGACGAAUGGUCUAUUGGGGUUGGUGGUGGAAUACAGGGUGAGAAGACGUUAUAUGCUGGCAUUUUUGAUGGUCAUGC